CCGGCUAAAUUCGAUGUCACCUUUUCAACGAUAAUAAAUUUGCAUUCAUCGAAAAGCUUCCCUUCCCUUCCCUUCUCUUCUCUUCUCUUCUCUUCUCCCUAUACAUAUACGUCUCAGAGAGAAAGGGACUAGCAGCAGUAGUAGUAAUUUUUCCCAGUAACAGAUCUCAAAAGAAAGAGGAUCCUUUAAAAUAUUUUGGCAGAGCUGCUGAAGCCCUUUUUGUUGCAGUGAGAGUGAUCUUUUUGAGUCUAUCGAUAGAGCAAGCAAUAGCGGAAGAAAAAAGAAGAAAGGACGAAGAGAGUAGAAUUGUAAAAAAAAGACCCUUUACGAGUUACAUCUAAUCCUCUUAUUGUCUCUUCCUUUUCGAUCAAUCCAUGCUCGUCUCGCUAGACCUACUGCACCCGAUCCUGCCAUUUUGUCUUCUUUGGCAGCACUGCGAAUACUACAAAACUCAGUUUUCUCUUCCAACAGAAUUAAGGGAAUAGGAAGAUAGCAAGAGAAAGGGAUAUUUCAAAAUGGGUACUGGUUGGCGUAGAGCUUUCUGCACAUCGAUCCCUAGAGACCGAGAAAGCGCCACCGAGGAGAAGCAUCUGAGGAGUAGCAGUCCUAGCCCCAAAAACUCUUCCAGAUUGAGUGGUUUUCUCUCUGGCGUUAGCAACCCUUCGACGCCACGAUUGCAGUCUCAACCCGUUUCAACCCCGAGCUUGCGCUGCCGAACUACGACGGUUACAGCCCCGACUUACCCUGCUGCUUACGACAGUCCCAGACUCCAAUGCAAGACCACAGUGACUACUUCUGGUGCGGAUUCUGUUGCCAUAACGACGACGAGAAGCCAUAGAUUUUCCAAGAGUUUGAAACCGUCUUCUCCCAGAUCUCCUUUGAGAUUUUCCCUCUUCAAGGCCAGCUUACGACUCUCUAGGAGUAGCUGCGGGAUAUGCCUACAGAGCGUAAAGACUGGUCAGGGAACGGCCAUAUUCACGGCGGAAUGCUCUCAUGCCUUCCACUUCCCCUGCAUAGCCGCGCACGUUAGGAAACACGGCAGCCUCGUCUGCCCUGUCUGCAAUACAAGCUGGAAGGAAGUACCUUUACUAGCGAUUCACAAAAAUCAAGUGCCACCUUCGGAGUCCGUAGAUGGGAACGAAAAAGUUAAGAAACACAGAAGAGGAGGAACCAAGGAAGAGAAAAGAAAAGAAACAGUGCCGCUUUGUUCGAUUCGAGAUGUGAAGACGGAACAAGAUCAGCAGCAAUCGAAACCGUCAGAUCCUAGGAAAUACGACGAUGACGAGUCUCUGCUAUCUCCGACGGCUGGUUCGCGGUUCGUUCCGAUUCCUGAGGCUGACGAGAAUGGCGAAGAGGUUCCGGAGGAAGACGAAAUCGAGGAGUUCCAAGGGUUCUUCGUGAAUCCCAACCCUUCGUCUACCAUUAAGAUUUCCACCGACGACGGCGCAGUCAACGGCAGAGAUUUGAGGAACGUGGAGGUGAGGCUUCUCCCGGAGGCCGCAGUGGUCUCAGUUGGCCGGAGUCACGAGACUUACGUGGUGGCAUUGAAGGUGAAGGCUCCUCCACCCCCAGCGCGCGCUAGCACGACAGCAGCGCCUCUGCUCGACCCCUCGCGCCGUGCGCCGAUUGAUCUGGUCACCGUGUUGGAUGUGAGCGGGAGCAUGACCGGCGCCAAAUUGCAGAUGCUGAAGCGUGCCAUGCGGCUUGUGAUAUCGUCGCUUGGCUCCUCUGAUCGGCUCUCCAUCGUUGCCUUCUCGGCGUGCUCCAAGAGGUUGCUGCCGCUAAGAAGGAUGACGGCUCAGGGCCAACGCUCGGCGCGGCGAAUCAUCGACCGGCUCAUCGCUGGGCAGGGUACCAGCGUUGGAGAAGCUCUGAGGAAAGCCGCUAAGGUGCUGGAAGAUCGGCGGGAGAGAAAUCCCGUGGCCAGUAUCAUGCUCCUAUCGGACGGCCAGGAUGAGCGUGUCUCUAGAACGAAUUCAGAGGAUCGACGGUGUUCGAAACCCCAAGUGUCGUCGACAAGAUUCUCACAUUUGGAGAUCCCGGUGCACGCAUUCGGCUUCGGGGAGAAUGGGAGCCAGCCGAUCAGCCACGAGCCAGCGGAAGACGCUUUCGCCAAAUGCGUGGGUGGGCUGUUGAGUGUGGUAAUGCAGGAUCUAGGGCUCCAGAUUGGCUUCUGUUCCGGCUGUGCUCCAGCAGAGAUCGCUGCCGUGUAUUCCUGCGGGGGACGGCCUACGCUGCUGGGGUCUGGAACGGUGAAGCUAGGGGACCUGUAUGCGGAGGAGGAGAGGGAGCUUCUGGUGGAAUUGAGAAUCCCGACGGCGGCAAUUGGGGCCCACCACGUGAUGUCUGUGCGGAGCUGUUUCAGGGACCCAGCAAGUCAAGAGGUGAUGUACGGGGGAGAACAGACGCUGAUGAUACCCAGGCCGCACGCUAUACGGUCAUCAGGGCCAAAGAUUGAACGGCUGAGAAAUCUGUUCGUGACGACGAAGGCAAUUGCGGAGGCCAGGCGAUUGGUGGAGCACAACGAGCUUUCAAGUGCGCACCACCUGCUUGCUUCGUCUCGGGCGUUGCUGAUGCAGUCGAGUUCGAUUUCUGCGGAUGAGUGCCUUAGGGGUUUGGAAGCAGAGAUAGCGGAGCUGCACUGGCAGAGGCAACAACAGCAACAGGGGAGUCAGAUCCAACGGCGUAGGAUAGCGGGGAUAGUGAGGGAGAGGGAUCCAGCUGCUUACAUUGAUGAGAAUGGGGAGCCGCUGACGCCGACAUCAGCUUGGAGAGCGGCGGAGCGGCUUGCUAAGGUGGCAAUAAUGAGGAAGUCGUUGAAUAGAGUCGGCGAUUUACACGGCUUCGAGAACGCUAGAUUCUAAUCUUAUAAUAAUAAAAAUUAAUUUUCAUCUAAUUAACAAAAUGGAUGAUAGAGUGGGCCGGCCCAUCAUUACAGACAAGCAGUACCCGACGGAUAGGCCCUUUCUGGAUGAGUGGGGAAAAGGUUGAAAAAGAUAGGAGAAACCCUACUGAAUUGAUUGUAGCAAAGGCUGGGGGUGGGGGGCUCACCUGGUCUCUUGUUUCACUUUCAAAUUCCAAAUAGAUGAUUAAAAACUACAUCUCAGAUGAAUUUUAGGGUGGCAGCAGCAGUGUGGAACUGAAGAAGCAAAAAAGUUAUUAUGAGAAAAAACACACAAUUGUUAAAAGAGUAAAGGGGUGGGGAGAGACUAAGAAAUAAAUUUUCUUUUGGGUGUUGAGGGGAGUUUUGGGAUGUCAAUUGUGUAAAUGCAUGUACUAGAGUGGACAUCCUUUGUUGUUCAUUGAAUUUUUUAUUUUAGAACUUUUUUCCUUGACAAGGGUUUGGAGUUUGUGGGUUUUCUCAAUGUGUAUAAACUUAUAGGGGAAGUGCACACACA